CUGGUCGACAAGACGGCGAGGGUCAGGUGCUCGUGGUCUGGUUCACUACAUCUGGGCUGGGUCUUGUUCUGUCACAUAAAGACGAGACCAACUUCUCGAGCUUCCCGCCAACUCUAUUAGAAUACCGGCAGACAGUAAAUCACCCAUCUCGCAGUUGGUCACAACGCCCCUAGAUACCUACAACACAACGGCAUACCCUCAAAGCACAUUGUCACAUACCGUUACUAUCAACUAUAAUCAUGGCUGAAAAGGACAUUGCUAGUGGCAACGUCCCUAUUGACGAGACGCCAAUUUCACCCAAUCAACCGGACCCGGCUCGCAAGAAUUCACUUGAGAACCAUCUGAUGCAUCGACCCGAUAGGCAGGAGCUUGUGGAAAAGAACAUCCUCCCUGCGUCGAUGGCCGCACCAGGUCUUCAGGCACAGCAGAAGGAGCUUGAGAAAAACAUGCGGGCAGAUUCGUUGAACGAGAAGAUUUCCCACCGGCCUGCGCCAGAGGCCUUGAUUAAAGACGGUCUUCUCCGCGAGGACCCUCGUUCGCCUGAAGAAAAGUACGAAGAGGCGAUCGAGGAGGAAUUUGCUAAACGUGAGGGGGGCGCUUAAUUAGUGGGGUAGCCAAACCUCGGGGGUGACUAUGCGGGAACUAGGGCGCAAGGAGUAAAGAAGUUUGAGCACGUCUUAUGUUUGAUGACCCGUGUUUUUUUUGUUUAUUCUGGGGAUAUUCGGAUUUCACGGAAACCUCUCCUGAAGCCAGACAGGCAGGGUGGAGACGGGACAGUAGGGAGAAUGCAGUAAGGUAGUAGUCACUUCCAUCUAAGUUCCAUGUCGGUUGAGCCGGGGACUGGUUGGUAUGAUGUCCUAGCCAUUAUAGCAACGGACAGAAGUUCGAGUGCCAUGCUUGCCUUUUAAUACGUAUGGUUCAUUAUAUUGUAGGUCAGGUUAAGUCAUCUACAGUUCUGACGUAGAGGCAAGAAGAGCCGCCAAUAGCUCUCCACGGUAC